AUGGGCACCAGCGUGGUACAGAUCUGCCGCUGCCUGAAGAGCCCUGGCCGCAGCGGCUGGCAGGAAUGUGCCGUGGGAGCGUGGCCAGGCACAGGGCACCUGCCGUGCCACGGCUGGCAGCACCCGGCACGCGCCGGUGCCCGUGUUUCCUGCAUCACCGCAACCGAGGGUCUGCAGCACGGGGGAGAACCCGAACGGCACCGCCCCUGGGGCCUGACCCCGCCGCGCCCCCCGCCCGCACCCAGCCUGAGCGAGGCCCUGGGAGCGCAGCCCGCGCCCGCCUUCGCCUACACCGCAUCCCCCCCUUGUCCUCCUCCUCUUUCCCCCAGUCCGGAGGGGCAUCCAGGCGUCCGGCCCCGCCCCCAAGCACCGGCGACUGCGCGGGGUCCGGCGGGGCCGGUGGUCCGUGGGAUGGGAGCCCCGGGGCGGCCCCGCCGCUGCUUCGGUCUCUGCUGCCCCGGGAAUGCGCCCGCGGGGCGAGGAGCGGAGCCGGGGGGGUCCCGCUUCCUGCAGCCGCCGCCCAUCAGGAGGGGUCCAGGGGUGCACCCGCAGCGCCCCCGUUCCUGCUCCGCAGGGUGCGGGACACCGGGCGUGCACGGCCCGCGCUCCCGCCUCCGGGAACCCGUGCGCGGGACGACCACGCGAAGGUCACGGCCGCGGGAGGGUCAGGGGUGCUGGGGAGAACCCCCACGCGAGAAUCGCGCUCCGCCGGCCCGCGGGGCCCGCACCAUUGUGGGGGGCACACGCAGCCGCACGGCACUGCCGUGGGGAGGGGGGGACGCGCCGCGCCCCCACCCUGCGCCAAGACCCCCGGGCAGGGGAGCACCCCCAAACCGGUUCCACCGGGGUUUGCCCGCGCCCCACGGCGGCCCCAGCCCCCCCAGCGCUCCAGCGGAGCCGUGGGGGUCCCCGGUGCCGUCGGGGGUCAGGCAGGGUGACGCUCAGCCCGGCCUCCCGGUGUGGCUCCCGGUAUCGCUGCCGGUAGCAACCCCCGGCGGGGGGGUCACGGCUGAAGGUCGUGGUCCCGGGGUGACCUUGGCCGUGGCGCCCGCCCGCCCCUGCCUCAGUUUCCCCUCAUCGCACAGCGGGGACUCGCCACAGUCCGGUUGGGACCGCAUCCCUAACCCCGGCGGCGACACCGGACCGGGGGCAGGAUCCGCCCCCCCGGGGCUGGGGGCCACGGCCUGCCCACGGCCCGGCCCCGCGACCUGCCCACGGCGCGGCCCCGCGCCCAUCACCGCAGAGCCACGCCGCGGCCCGGACCCCGCCACGCCGCCACGCCACGGCCACGGGGGGGCCGCGGGGCCGGGGGGCCACGGCUGGGGGGGGCUGCCCCCGUGGCGUGGCGUGGCGGGCGGGGGGCAGCGCCGUGCCCCGCAUGCAGCAGUGGCGGGUGCGGUGGGGGUGGGGGGCGCGGUGCCCCCCCCCGCCCCCACGGGGGAACGCGGCCCCCCCGCUCCACGCCAAACGCCCGGAUUUUCCAAGAAAAAAAAAAUCUUUCCCCGUGUUUUUUCCUCGCGGUUCGCGGCCCCCGAGCCUUGCGAGGGUCCCGAGCCUCCCGACGCGAUCGCCCCCCGACCCCCCCAUUCCACGCACCGAACUGCGCCCGUGCUGAACCGGGGGGGCCCGGGGGGGGUGGCGGUAAACAACCGGGGGGCGGCGGGGCCGGCGGGGCCGCUCGGGCCGUACCUGGGAGCGACGGCGGCGGGCGCGGAGCGGCGGUGCGGGCAGGACGUGGCAUCAGAGGUCCCAGCCAUCCCCGUGACCCCGUGGGAAGGGGAAGCCCCCCACGCUGGCCCCUGCUCGCCCCUCGCCUGCCCCCGGCGCUGGGAACGGCCCCAGCCCCUUCCGGCCCCCCCGGCCCCGGGCCGGAGGCAGCUGUGCCGGGGCGCCCUGCCAAAGCGCCGAGGCCUCGACGCCUUCCCCCCGCCCGGCCGCCCCCGCUGUGCCCCGGGGAGCUGCGACCCCCCGAGCACACCCUGCCACCCCCCACCCCACCGGGGCCAGCAAUCCCUGCCCUCAGAAUUCGGGACUGCUGUGCCAGGGGGGGUCUCCAGCAGGGCUCCUCUGAGCCCCUCCUUCGUGGGGACCCCCGUGGUGUUUGUUCCCCCGCCAGCUGUGGGAAAUGAGCCCCCCCUGCACAGGAAAUCCCUCCUCAUGGAUAGGGCUCCCCCCCCGGCGGGACCCCCCCGCUGCCGGGGCCCCUCGCCGGCUGGGCAGCCGCCCGCCCGCCUAAUCCCGGCCCCGGCACGGGGGGAUUUGCUGCGCCCCGGCCCCAUGAAUGAUUAA